AUGGCGGGUCUCACAAACGCCAAUGGCGCGUCCAAGCCCUUCGCUUGGACCACCGUCUUUUACCUUCUCAUGGUUCUCCUCGCGCCCAUGGCGCUGUUCAGUGGCAGCGUCCAGGCUGAGGACAACAAUGUUGAGGAAUACGGCACCGUUAUUGGUAUUGAUUUGGGAACUACUUACUCUUGUGUUGGUUUGAUGCAAAAUGGAAAGGUCGAGAUUCUCACCAACGACCAAGGAAACCGUAUCACUCCCUCCUACGUGGCUUUCACCGAUGAGGAGCGUCUUGUCGGUGACGCUGCUAAGAACCAAUACGCCGCCAACCCUACCCGCACCAUCUUUGACGUCAAGCGUUUGAUUGGUCGCAAGUUUGAUGACAAGGUCACCCAGGAGGACGCCAAGAACUUCCCCUUCAAGGUUGUCAACAAGGGUGGUAAGCCUAAUGUCAAGGUUGAGGUCAACCAGGUCGCCAAGGUCUUCACUCCCGAGGAGGUCUCCGCCAUGAUCCUCGGAAAGAUGAAGGAGAUCGCCGAGAGCUACCUGGGCAAGGCCGUUACCCACGCCGUUGUGACCGUUCCCGCCUACUUCAACGACGCCCAGCGUCAGGCUACCAAGGAUGCCGGUACCAUUGCCGGUCUCAACGUUCUCCGUGUCGUCAACGAGCCCACGGCCGCCGCUAUCGCCUACGGACUGGACAAGCUUGGUGCCGAGGAGCGCCAGGUCAUCGUGUACGAUCUUGGUGGUGGUACCUUCGAUGUUUCUCUUCUGUCUAUCGACCAGGGUGUCUUCGAGGUCCUGGCUACCGCUGGUGACACCCACCUGGGUGGUGAGGACUUCGACCACCGCGUUAUGGACCACUUCGUCAAGCUCUACAACAAGAAGAACAACGUCGAUGUCACCAAGGAUCUGAAGGCUAUGGGUAAGCUGAAGCGUGAGGUUGAGAAGGCCAAGCGUACUCUUUCCAGCCAGAUGUCCACUCGUAUUGAGAUUGAGGCUUUCCACAACGGCGAGGACUUCUCCGAGACUCUCACCCGCGCUAAGUUCGAGGAGCUGAACAUUGAUCUGUUCAAGAAGACCCUCAAGCCCGUUGAGCAGGUGCUCAAGGAUGCCAAGGUCAAGAAGUCCGAGGUUGAUGACAUCGUUCUUGUCGGUGGUUCGACCCGUAUUCCCAAGGUUCAGGCUCUUCUUGAGGAGUUCUUCGGUGGUAAGAAGGCCAGCAAGGGUAUCAACCCUGAUGAGGCUGUCGCUUUCGGUGCCGCUGUUCAGGGUGGUGUUCUGUCCGGUGACGAGGCCACUGUGGACGUUGUUCUCAUGGAUGUUAACCCUCUUACCCUCGGUAUUGAGACCACUGGCGGUGUGAUGACCAAGCUUAUCCCCCGUAACACUGUCAUCCCCACCCGCAAGUCCCAGAUCUUCUCCACUGCGGCCGACAACCAGCCCACCGUUCUGAUCCAGGUGUACGAGGGUGAGCGCUCGAUGACCAAGGACAACAACAUGCUCGGCAAGUUCGAGCUGACCAACAUUCCCCCCGCUCCUCGUGGCGUUCCUCAGAUCGAGGUCGCCUUCGAUCUGGAUGCCAACGGUAUCCUCAAGGUCAGUGCCAGCGACAAGGGCACUGGUAAGGCCGAGUCCAUCACCAUCACCAACGACAAGGGCCGUCUCUCCCAGGAGGAGAUCGAGCGCAUGGUUGCUGAGGCUGAGGAGUUCGCUGAGGAGGACAAGGCUAUGAAGGCUAAGAUUGAGGCCCGUAACGGUCUUGAGAACUACGCCUUCAGCCUGAAGAACCAGGCCAACGAUGAGGAGGGUCUUGGUGGCCAGAUCGACGAGGACGACAAGCAGACCAUUCUGGACGCUGUCAAGGAGGCCAUUGACUGGCUGGAGGACAACGCUGCCACUGCCACCGCCGAGGACUUCGAGGAGCAGAAGGAGCAGCUCUCUAGUGUCGCUUACCCGAUCACCAGCAAGCUGUAUGGCUCUUCUGCUCCCCCUGAGGACGAUGAGCCCUUGGACCAUGACGAACUGUAA